GCAGAUUUACACAUUUCAGCACGACGUACGGAAAAACGUGUAGAUAUCUGUUUGUAAAGCAUAACGAGUAUGGCGAGUUUCUCAUAGUCCUCGAGAUAUGAUGUCUAAUGUCAAGCCAGAGAAAACGGACUCUGCUGCUUCUUCUAAAACGCCAGAAUCCAGUCAGGACCAAAAGAAAAAGAAACCUGUAAAGAAAAAGUUUUUUGAACACACCAAGAAACAACCAGUGGCAAAAGAUCAACGUAAAACCAACGUGUUGCUUCCUCCGAAAAAUGCCGAACAGUUUUCAGCCAACUGGAAAACGUUACUAGAGGUGUUCAAAUCCAAUCCCCUGCCAGUAAAAAAUAAACCAGUUCAGCGGAACUCAAAGAAGGAAGUCCCUAAGAAACCCACUAAAGACAUUUCAAAGAAGGACGAGGUGGUGGUGGAUAAGAAGCCUGCUAAAAACUUAUCAAAGACAGUGAAUGAUGCCAAGCCCAUGCAGGUGAAGAGUAGGAAAGUAGGGAAGGUCAGUGCCGUUCCCAAUAAAUCCCAGGUGAAUGGGAAAGGUUCAGGAACAUCGGGGACAGAACAACCCAAAGCCAAGAAGAAGAAACAGAACAAUUCCCAGGUGGAGGGUAACACACAGAUGAAGAAGAAGAUGAAAAUGGAGGAAGUGGAGGAAAAGAAACCCACUGAAUCGGACAUGUGGUUUGAUGACGUGGACCCUGACGACAUUGAGGCCACAGUGGGGACAGAGGCAGCAGAUAUCAUGAGGAAGAUGCAAGGCACUCAGAAGACAGAUGCCCAGGCCACAGAGAAUGCGCUGGUCAAGGACAGGGGGUUUGAGGGCCUAACCAAGGCGGUAGCUAUGGACUGUGAGAUGGUGGGUGUGGGGCCAGAUGGAGAGGACAGCAUUGUAGCCCGGGUCUCCCUUGUCAACCAGUUUGGGAAGUGCAUCUACGACAAACACGUCAAGCCCACCGAGAAGGUGACAGACUACAGGACAGCUGUCAGCGGCAUCCGGCCGGAGAACAUCAAAAACGGUGAGAAUGUGAAGACUGUACAGAAAGAGGUGGCUGGGAUCCUCCAGGGGAGAACGCUAGUGGGACACGCCAUUCACAAUGACCUUAAGAUUUUGCUCUUGGAUCACCCAAAAAAGAGAAUCCGAGACACACAGAAGUAUAAACCUUUCAAGAAAAUUGUGAAGAGUGGUCGGCCCUCUCUGAAACUCCUGUGUAGAGAAAUACUUAACGUCAACGUACAGCAGGGAGAACAUUCAUCCGUCCAAGACGCCCAGGCGACUAUGAGGUUGUACACGAUGGCGAAGAAGAAUUGGGAAGCAGAGAUCAAGGCUAGUCAUAACAACCCAGACUUAACCAAGAAGACCAAAGUACCAAGGAAGCCCAAAUCAGCAAAACUCAAAUGAACCUGACUGGUUCUGAAGUCUUACCUGCAUCAGUCUGUAAUGGGACUGUGGACUAACCAUUGACUAGGUGGCACAGAACAGGUGGCUUGAGUGAAUUAAUAACAAGUGUGUCUUUGGGAAGUGGAGUGGACUCGCACAUAUAGAGGCCUUAGUGAAGUCCUUUUAGGAAUCUCGUUCUGUGACCCAUAAGGAUUUCACAAAAGUUUGUUCAAAUGAAUAUUGACUUUAUUCAAAUCCCACUCAGCCCAAAUCACUCAUAUCUUAGUGAUCUUUCAUUCAUUGUCUGGUACAUCCUCUUCAGUGUUCUUUUUGUUCAGAUCGGGUUUUAAAAUGUAAUCUCUUAGCUUCUAACAUCCACAAGUUAGGUUUAGAGAAGAUGUUGCAUUUGAGGGCUUUAACAUGAAUUAAAAGUUUCAUAUCUUUAAUCACA